AUGCGUAUGGCGCUUACUACAACCCAAAGGCAUGCAGCUGGUAGAUGUUUCCAGAUAGUAUCCGCGUUAUGCCAACCUCCUGGCGCUUGGAUACCAUCACUAAUUAGCAGACUGGUGGAGACGGCUGGUGAAACACACGAGGAUACCCAGGCAUAUGUGACGGAUUUAUUGCUCUGUCUUCUUAGCAGUGCUCCUCAUUUAAAUCCGAUACUGGAGCCACCACUCCAAUCAUCUGCAUCUCCCAGUCAUGCGCGGUCAACAUCUUAUACUCCUGCUCUUCUCAGGCAGUCUGUUAUCACCCAGAGACUUCAUCAGGAGAAGAAAGAUGCUCGGCUGUCGCUCUUACUUUCAGAAGAGGACUCCCGCCUGGGAAGUGCAUUGAUGAGAAGCAAAAGUGCUGAUCAGUUGAAGUGUGAUGCCGAAGGAGACGAGGAGGCCACAGCGCGAAUGCAGAUAUGUGCUAUCGCCGUUGCAUUGCUUGAGAGUGGAGUGGACAACGAAUUUUUGCUGGCCAUCAACCUCCUCGAAAAG